AUGACAAUGAUGAAGAUGAAUUUACUUUUAGGUUCUAAGCGUUACACAGUAGCCGUGGUGCUCGUGACAAGACAGAUAGCACUCGGAGCUGCUACUGAAAUAGACGAGUUGCCUAAAGAUGACUUCAGGGCCCGAGCUCGCGUGGUCAUUGGCCGUAACUGCAGCGGGGAGUCGAUCGGUGUCCGGGACUACUCCUUCCACCCUGACUACCGGAGAGGCUCCUACAGCACCCUAGCCAUGAUACAAUUAGAAACUGAUUAUUUGAGAAUGCCAUUGCGUCCCAUCUGCCCACCCCCGACACACUUCGAGGAUCAGAAGUUUUAUGCAAUGAUAUUAUCUGAAAACUGCGCUCAAUCCACCGUGCGGAUUCAUAAAAUGAAAUAUGUAUCUCCCGAAGAAUGCAAGGUUUUUUACAGGAGAUCAGGGCUGGACUUAGAUACAAUGUGGCCGAUGCAUACGGCCUGCGCUAGAAGUGUUACGGGAGGACAUUGCGUGUGGCGGAGCGGAGCCAUCCUAGUGGUCAAGAUUGAUCGCCGCUGGAGACUGUUGGGUUUCGGUAUUUACGGACCGGGUUGCCAAGCACCGGCCAGGUUCUUGGAUUACAGUAUGUAUCACGACUGGGUGCGACGAAGCGUUGACUUGAUUGGCAGGCCGGCUGUUACUAAGAUCGCCCAAAACCACCUCAUAUUAAGAAGAACCACAUCUAACGUACAGCGUUUCGGCGACUGCGAUAGGGAAGAAAUGAAAUAUGAAAUUUUCACUGACAACAUCAACUUGAUAAAUACGGGAAAACUAGCAUACAAUCUAACCAUAGUGUCGGCCUUUGAAUACUCGUGCAUAAUCUUCAAAGCUACAAGCGGUGACGACCCGGCAGGUGCUGUACCUAUUGUGAACCUACGGAGGUGGUGCACCGGAUCAGCCGGACUCUGCAUGGGCGGCUUCCAAUACCUGGAUAUUGACUUCUUCGUAGAAAUAGAAUUCGUCACAAGUGUAGACUUGCGCGUUGGUAUAUACGGCAAACAACCCAAAACCAUAGACCCGGCUCAAGCGUAUAUGUUUCUUAAUGAAGCUGCACCUUAUCCCGAAAUUGAACCGUAUGUUGUAAUCAGACACAAGUAUCUGGGUAUGAUCAAUGAUACACGAUAUAGCCUGUACGGUAAGAAGGAAAUGAUCUUCCGACAUAAAAACUACCGUGGCCCGGUACUGACUACGACAACGAGACGGACGAGACGGACGAGACGGACAACGACGACGACGACACCCACGACAACUACGACAACACCGACAACUACGACAACUACGACAACUACGACAACUACGACAACUACUACGACAACGACGACGACGACGACAAGACCGACAACGAAGACAACGAGGACACCGAGGACACGAGGUCCAACGACAACACCGGAUUUUUGGAAUGAGCUUUUAAGAAUGAAAAUGAAAUGAAAAACCUUUAUUCGCAGAGGCAUGGUAAAUAUAAAGGGUAGUAAAACAAAAUGAUGCCCGUUUUCACCAACGAUUCCUUAACGUUUAGGGCAACGUUAAGCCCUUACGCCCUUAUUCUAAGUGACACUUAGACGCGACACUGAGCAGUUGUAAUGUACUAGAUAUUACGGAGGCCGCCACACAGAGCCGUCCCGCUCGGCGCGACGUGACGCGACGAUCUUGUACAUUGUGUCGCGUCGCCGUCCCGUCCCGCCGCGCCGCGGCCGCUGUGUGCAGAAUCCUUUAAAGUUUUAAGGGACAUUUAAACUUUGGUGAAAACCAAAUUCGUAUUAAGUGUUCCCUAAAUGCUCUUAGGGGAUUCCUAAAUUUAGGUAUUUGUUGGUGAAAAUGGGCAUGAGUCUCAAAGCAAAUCUCGCCUUCAGUAAUCAUGCCAAGAUUAAUUUCAUAAAUUAAUGUUUAAACUUAUACUCACUGGUACAAACCCAUUUUCUACUCGCUUGAGAGCUCGGUUUCAUCUGCGUCCCGGGAUAACUGCUUCCCGCAGCCGGAUGGUGACAAAAACCUUCUCCCGGGAGUAAGCUACUUCCUCUCUUAUUUACAUUUAAUCGGCCUAGCUGUUCACACGUGAUGGCGUGAAAAAGGGAUAUAAGGAUUCAUUUGUAUACCUAUACUUACAUUAUAAAGCUGAGUUUGUUUCUUUGUUUGUUUGAACACGCUAAUCUCAGGAACUACUGGUCCGAUUUGAUUUUUUUUUCAGUGUUACAUAGUUCAUUUAUCGAGAAUGGUAAUAGGCCAUAUAUCAUUACGCUAAGAUUAAUAUGAACGGAUCAGUAAUGAAUAUUGUUCCAAAAUCGGGGGAUUUUUUGCUCUAUUGAGAGCUUCUGCUGCGUGCGCUGAGCAAAUGGUAAACUUUCGCAAAAAUGAUGUAUGACUGGGUUGUUCCCCUUUAAAAGUCCUAAA